AUUGUCCGUACGGCAUCACUCGAGCUUCCAGCGACCCUUCUACAUCCCAUCCCCUUCACUCGCGCUCCAAACCAUCUCAACCUAAUCGCCCGGCAUGUCCUUCCAGCCGGUGAACCCCAAGCCCUUCCUGCAACAACAGACUGGCAAGCCAGUCGCAGUGCGGCUCAAGUGGGGUAUGGAGUACAGGGGAUUCUUGGUCUCGACGGACAACUACAUGAACUUUCAGCUAGCAAACACAGAAGAGUUUAACGCAGAAGGCGUCUCGCAGGGCAUGCUGGGAGAGGUGAUGAUUCGGUGCAACAAUGUCCUCUACCUCCGGGAAAUGGGAGACGAGGAUGAAAAGAAGCCGGGGCUGGGGAAUGGAGCCAUGGAGUCGUAGUCGCUGGCGUCAGGGAGACGGCGGUGAAGACAGCUGAAGGGGGAG